AAGUCAUCACCUUCCCACCUUCAAAAAACGACAUGGCUCUCCUAACGGACGAGGAGCGAGAGCUCGAUCCUUAUCUUACGCUUGGUAUUGCUCCGGAUGCGGCCGAAAAGGACAUCCGUAAAGCGUACCGCAAGCUGUCACUAAAAUGCCACCCCGACAAAAACUCUGGGCCAGAGGCCGCCGAAAUGUUUCACUCCAUCUCGCUCGCGCUGGCGAUCCUCACGAGUCCGGAGAAGCGCAGUUUCGUCGAUGGCAAGCUCGCUACAGCGCGGGCGCAAGCAGCGCGGCGCGCUGAGAUGGACAGCAAGCGGAAAGCCAAGGUGGAUGACUUGUUACGCCGCGAAGAAGACGCCAAGCGGGCACGUAAGGACGCUGCGGAUCAGCGCAAGGCGGCGGCAGCCGAGGAAGCCGUGCGCUCUGAAGGUCGCCGAUUGAUGGAGGAGCGGAAGAAGCGAAUGGAGGCUGCGGCCGCAGCUGCGCGAGAGGCAGAUGCUCCCAAGCCCACAAUCCAGCAGAGGGAUGGGCCGCCCCCGAUCUCCGAUGAAGACCUCACGAUCACCCUCACUUUACCUGUCGGAUACACGCAGGCUACGCUCGAAGCUGCGCUCAGCAAGUACGGUGCCGUCGAAGCGGUCCAUGUCGUCCCAUCUAAGAAGAAGCCAAAGGCCAUCGUCCAGUUCGCUCUUGGUAAUUGGGGCGGGUGCUGGGCGUGUGUGCACGACGGGGCAGGGAUCGGAGCCAAGGUGAAGUGGGCCGCGGGCAAGGAGCCGGCAUGGGUCGCAUGGGCGGCUCAGCAGAAGGAGCGAGGCGAAGGUAAUGAGCAGGGGAGGACAUUCAAGUCGGCGCCAGACUUCGGGGACGUGCAGGAUCGCCAGCGCCAGAGAGAGGAGGACGCCGCACUGGAGAGCGCGACGCUCCUUCGGAUGCGGCAGCGAGAGCGGGAGCGCCUCGCUGAAGAGAUUCGGCGCGCCGAGGAGGAGGUGUAGUUGUACACUAGCACAUAGAUCAUGGCGAGCCAGAUGUAAGCUUGCUCUAAC